CUCUUGUGGCGAGGUGAUGAGACAAUCUCAGAUCAAAUCAAGUUGCAGAAGAAUGAUUUUUUGCUUUCCUUCUUUCACAUGUGAAGGACCCCUUUUCUUUUUUGAUCUGAUCGUCUUUGCAUAUGAUCAUCGAGGCUUAUUCGGUACCCUCUCAACAUUAUGCUCAUAAGCCAUACAAACAACACCACGAGAUUUACUGUUUACGCGUCUUGAUACGCGUAAUGGAGAAUUAAAUAUCACCGCCUUCAUUCUGAGGCGUUUACCUCUGUUCCUGCUUUUGGAACUUUAACUGUGUCAUUCGGAGACGCUUCAUGUGUUGGGUUUAGCAUCAUUAAUCUGGGCGCUAAUACUCUCUCUGUACAGUAGUUCCCGUUCGGUGGGUUAGGUAUGAAUAUACAUGUUUAUCGACUCAUCAUACUCAAUUAAAGUCAACUUACACCAUUGAAUUCAAUUGCCAUUGCUAAAUCAUCUGCUCUUCAACACCGCCUUUGCUGGAUUUUAACGCCAACUCAUCCGUCUCCAUCCCAUCGCAUCAACCUCUGUCCAUCAAGCGCUGAUGGAUUUUUCCAAUGCGACUUCAAUUUCCGUCCUCAUCAAUUUGCAACAACCCUCGUUUAUGAACCUCGAACUAGUGGUUCGUUCGCAGGGGAAAAGCUCAUGCUAUUAUCAUGCCAUGAUAUCUGUUCCACUAUGGCCAGCAUUGCCUGGCAUCAGAUAUAUCAACAACCUCAUUAUCACGCGACAACCCCUUCUGUGAUGCCUCGCCACUCUCUUUUAAACGCUUCCUCAUAUGGCAAAGUUGCUCCUUCAGCCCACUCUCCCGCUUCGUUUAGACAAGCGUUGGGGGUCACACGCCAACUUGGCGAUCGCCUCCAUUGACAAGGGUCGUCAUCAUCCUUGCUCAGACGAAAAGACAGACUCGUUCCCAUCUUCUCAAGUGAGCAGAACGAAGGGGCAGUCUCAAAGAACCAGAGGAAACUUGAUGUUCCCGUGGCGCUCACUAAACAGCCAACGUUGCAACCAAUGUUGCAGUCAUAUUCGUAUAUCUCACUGCAUUAAAGUAUUGAUUACGGGCUUUCCAUGGCGCACCUCUCGUAUUUAAACGGGAUCCUUCACGGGCUUCCAGGCGGUCAAAGCGGUUCUCGCCUCCCCCAGACCGCAUUGAUUGAAAUUUGCAACCCUAGCCCAGUCACUAUCAACUUCUAACCUUGGAAGGAGCGCACUAUAGGCAAUUGUUUCGCGCCAAGGAAACAAACUAAAAAGAACCCAUAUUCCCAGUUUUGUUGGCCUCACCUCUGUUGGUGAUUUCACCGCUCUCGUGCUCACCUUUUCACUCUUUCAAAUAUCGGCUGUUCUCGCUCAG